AUGAAGAUCAACUCCAGGCUAUCGUGGACCGAGAAGGAGAAGUUGAACGACAUGAAGCUUGCGAUCACGACUAAGCUGACUAAGCAAGGGCGCCGGCCCUGGAGUGGACCCGUGGACGGCUCCAGCCUUAAACGGUGGACCCACCCACUCUUCACUAUGACAGCCAGCAAGCAGCCUCGGAUGAUUUGCUGCAAAGCCUUAUCUUCUGUACCCCAUGUUUGUAUGGCUGAUUUAUGGGACCUGAUCGAGGAUGCUCGUAGCACUGCCCAGAAGACGCUGAUUCAUAUCCUUCGCCAGGCCAACUCCACUGACUUGGGUGGCAAAGACGUGUGA